UUGGUAACACUGAAAUGCGCCAUAAAGGGGCUGCUGCAUCAAGGUACUUGUAUUUCGACGUCAAAUUACGACAUUAAAAGCUGCUACGUUAAUAGUUCGAUAAAUUCCUAUUGUGUAUGCUACCGGUAUAUAGAAAGCAUGUACAUAUUUAUUUAAUUAAUGCGCCUAAAUUUUACGGAUAACAAAUCUACACUAUACAACUUUUGUACAAGAUGCAACAAUAUAAUCGCGUAGCAACUGUCGACGGAUUACAUUGAACAUAGGGAACGGUUGUGGCAGUUCACGGCUAAACUACGUGUUCGUUGUAUACAGCAGCUUGUGCUAAGGUACUCUGUUUGCGACUAUUGUUGUCAUAAUAGAAUUUAAGAAAAUUUUUUUAAAUAUUAUUGCAGUUUAGUGUCAUGACAUCAUAUUAUCUAUAUGUAAUAAUAACUCUUAUUUGUGGUAAGUAAUAGGAGGGUGCUAACUAAACAAAUAAGUAUCCUUACAAAGAACAUAUUAAACUAGAAUCCUUCGUAGCCAUGGAGUCUAAUGACAGAAAGAAUGUUUAUCUUUCUAAAAAUCCUGAUAAUUCUUUAAAUUCUGGAAUGAGAGAUACUAUGAUUGUUAAUCCUGGAAAUAUUCCCCCAGAAUGUGGCGAUGGGGUAAUGAAGCCUGUUAGUGUUUCUGGCGUUUCUUCUAAUCAAGCAAAAUGGUCUAAUGCUCAAAAUAAAAAUUUUAUUAUCAAUGCUGUACCGGUAAAAAAUGAAAUAGUUCACCUCGAAGGUGGGACACAUUGCAAUAAAAAGAUGUAUUAUUACGAUAGACAUUAUGGUCAUGAAGAAACUGAAAGACCAACACGUAGGGGAACAAAGAGAUAUAGAGACAAGGAUGCUCCAAAACGCGCACUUUCUGCAUUUUUCUACUUUUGCCAAGAAUUACGUGGUAAAAUGAGAGAAUUGCAUCCAGAAAUGGGUGUAGGUGAUAUUGCCAAAGAAUUGGGUAAACUUUGGAUGACUACUGAUCUGCAAACUAAAUCGAAAUAUAUGGCUAUUGCUGAAGAAGACAGAGUUAGAUAUGAGAGAGAAAUAAUAGCAUAUAAUAAAAGGAUGAAAAACUAUGAUCCAGAAGAUGUUGGAACAGUGUAAAGUGGUGGCAAGGAUAAAAAAUAAUCUUAUAGACAAUAUAUAUGGUCUUAAAGCAAGAAGCACUAUUAAAUUCAUGGAUAUAUGAUAAUUUUACUACUAAUCUGUUACGAUUAUUCUUUGUAUAUAAUAUGUACACACAGUCUAUAUUAAUACCCAAAACGGACUGCUCUAGAUUUUAACUCUUUUUCUAACAGUAAAAAAAGAUUAAUUAUCAGAUGAGAAAUGAUCUAUUAUAAUACAUUUUAGUACUAUAUAAGACAUAUUUUAUAAUACUAUUUCAGUGGGCAUACUUUUCACUUUUGGAUUUUAACAGUAUGCUUGAAUCAGUUUUUAUAUGUCAUUAUAUACAUUACAUAACAAUUAUAUUUUACUAUAAUAAGGGUAUUCUAGAAUUGGACAAAACUGUGCAGUGAAUCUUUGCGGAUGUCUGCAUUUCACUUGAUAUUGGACCCUAUUAUAUUUUCGAAAUAUACAGAAAAAAUGCUUUUUUUUCUAUAACAGUUAGUUGAUAUGUUUUAGAAAUUACUUUUACAAGAUAAUGUGUGCUAUUAUAUUUACAAAGGAAGUAUAACAUUGAUAUCAAAUAUAAUAACAAUAAUAAAAGCAA